AUGGUGCUUGGAUCAUCAAGACACUGCAGUUAUCCGGAAACACAGCUGUAAUUCUGAAAGCAAGAAUUCGUGUGAACAUCAGGGAAUAUGAGCAAAGAAGACCUGCAAUGCCGAUCUGCUUCUAUAACAUUUACAAUAGAUAGCAUUCUCAAUCUUAAACAAACCACUAAAGAAAUAUCUCAUGCAAAGAGGCAAAGCGGGGCAGAUAAUAAAAAUGCUUUGCAGCUACGGCUAGAACAGGAUCAAGAUUCGAGUGGCAGAAAUGAACCUGACUAUACAAUGCCAGAUAGAGAGCUAAUACACACAGCCUGUUAUAACGACAAUGCACAUGCCCUCACUGUCAGCAGAGAUGAUGCAUUUAAACGAAUGGAAUCACUUCCAAGGACUGAAAGCAUCGAUAGCGGGGAAGACGGACAUUUGCAACAUAAAAUCAACAAGAAAAACAAAAUGAUCAAAAAAAAAACACGUACUAUUUUUUCGAAGAGACAGAUUUUUCAGCUGGAAUCUACAUUUGACAUGAAGAGGUAUCUCAGUAGCGCAGAAAGGGCCUGCCUUGCGAACUCUUUACAACUUACAGAAACCCAGGUAAAAAUCUGGUUCCAGAACCGCAGGAAUAAAUUGAAACGUCAGUUAUCUUCAGAACUCGAGGGACCCAAUACAGUUGACCAGUUUCCUGAUGCCGGAAAGUCCGUUCAAUUUCCAGUAAUCUACAAAGAAAGCAAUAUUCUGGGUAGGUGUCUGCUGCCAAUGCCUUUUCCUAUUGUCUAUCCUGGGAGCAGCACGCCUUAUCUCUGUUUUUCAAACGCCAGCAAAUAUUUUAAUAUUUUUGAUGGAGAUGUAUGACUUUGAUUGAAUAAUUAUAUGGAAUUUGACAUCUAACUUUAAAAUCAGCAUCUGAUUUGGUCAUGAAAAAAAAUCAAUUGUU